AUGGACACGAUGAGGAUUCGCAUACAUGUGGAGGGAGGUGUCGACAAGUACCCUGCCAAGGCACAUGCCAGGAGGGUGGCAGGGAAGCUCAAGGUAUCGCAUGGCUUCAUACUCCUGGCGGCCACAAACGCGAGGAACUGGCCAAACUCGGAUAUGCCAGCACCCUUUCGCCAAGAUCGCUACUUCUACUAUCUGACAGGAUGUAAUGAGGCCGAUACUUUCGUCACAUACGACAUUAGCAAAGACAAGCUCUCGCUGUGGCUGCCACCGAUAAAUAAGCAGCGAGUUGUGUGGUACGGCAGGGGCAGCACGAUAGAGGAGGCUCUGGAAAAAUACGAUAUCGACGCAGCUCACUACAUCAAACCCGACAAGGUCCCCUCAUCAGAAGAUUUCUGGAGUUUCUACAACGAUGGACUACAGAAUCCCUCCGUGAAGCCCAGCAAGCCUAUCGACACAAAGUCCCUACGCCACGCCAUCGAUGCCUGCAGAGUUAUCAAGGACGAGCACGAGAUCGCCUUGAUCCGGCGUGCAAACGACAUUACGGCAGAUGCCCACUUCAACGUCAUGAAAGGGAUAUCUCACUUCACCAAUGAAGCAGAUGUCGACGCAGCAUACAUGAAAGUCUGCAUCGCCAGAAAAGCAAAAAUACAAGCGUACGACCCAAUUGCAGGAUCAGGCCCCAAUGCCGCUGAACUCCACUACUCAGACAACACCGCAGAGUUCGGACACGGCCAGACAGUGGUCCUCGAUGCUGGCUGCGAAGUAGAAAGAUACGCUUCGGAUGUGACACGCACAUUGCCAAUCAAUCGGAAACAUCCUGGACACUGGCCAUCUCAGGAGGCGAAAGAUAUCUAUCACUUGGUCGAAUUCGUACAAGAGUCCUGCAUAAGACGUAUGCUACCAGGUGUACAGUUCAUUGAGAUCUUCUGGUACGCACACCAGCUCAUCAUCGAAGGUCUUUUGAAGCUUGGGAUUCUGGUUGGAGAUCAAGUUGGGACCAUUUUUGCAGCGGGGACUUCUAGAGCCUUUAUGCCGCACGGUCUAGGGCAUCAUGUUGGUCUUGAGGUGCAUGAUGUAUCCCCGGAUCCUGCCCCACCCCUCGCACAAAAUGAUGUCCGGGAGGCGUCGCAGGUCGAACGAUUGAGAGCGAAAAUCACGCGCUGGAAGCCGGAAUGGGCUCCUAUGCUGAACGACUCGGCACUAGAAGACCUCUCGAACACGACUGAUCUAUCGUACAGCGCUCUGCAUAGCGUCGAUGCGCCAGUCUUGGAGUCUGGAAUGGUUGUGACAGUUGAACCCGGCAUCUAUUUCAACAAGUUCCUCCUCGACAACUUCUUCCUCAACAAUCCAAAGCAUCGUCAGUUCAUUGACAUGAAGGUGCUGAAGCGAUACAUGCAAGUCGGAGGCGUUCGAAUCGAGGACGACAUUUUGAUCACGAAGCACGGAUAUGAGAAUCUGACGACGGCACCGAAAGGCGGAGAGAUGCUGAAAAUAAUACGGAAACAUGCCAAGUGA